AGGAGGGACCAGUGUUGGAGAGGCUGAGAGGGCUGAUUCAUAGAGGUGCUAGGAGUCCAGACCUGGGUGUGGCCCACGCCUUUAGCCAAUGGCAGUGCUGCGUGAGGGAUGGCCUUGACCUGAACCAACUGCUGUGCUUCCCUCUACCUGAGCCUCAGUGUGCCUGGCUGUACAAGGGAACUCUGGUGCACCAGCUUGUGGGCCAACUGAGAGGGGGGGUGACCCCGGAUUCUCUCCUGAUGGAAGACUCUUCCUCUGGGCAGCUGUACAGAGCCAUGCUGGAAGCCAUACUCAACUCCCAGGAAGCUGAGACCUCUGGACAACCUGACGGCCCCUCUGCAGAUUCUGGUGCUGGACGAUGAAGAUUUUGAUGAUGAUGAUGAUGAUGAUAGAGUAGGCUGUAAUGAAGUCCCAAUGUCCCGCCACAAGAGGAAGGAAAGAUUAAAUAAAGCUCUGUUGACCACUAUAUAGGGACCACUAAACAACUGUUGAGUUAAAUACUGUUUUCUGUUACAUUUUAGUGACAGUGCGUAGGUAGGAAGGCCCCCCUUGCAUGCACCCACACACACACUUAUGAAGAAGUUUCACUUUCACUCACACAUGGAGCAUAAAGAACAUUGAUAAGAGAAUUGACAUUGUUUAAAGAAAAUAAGAAAAAUGAGAAUAAAUUAUUUGUGACUAUGGUUUA